AUGGAGGAACUAGGUAUAGAACAACCCGUCGUGUCUGCACAUGCACUUCCCAGAUCCAAGCCUGAUUGGGCUCAUAUGACCGACGACAAUUUGGAUGUGUAUUUGAAGCUCAAGAAAUUGGAGAAAGAGUUGGACUUGUUGUUGUUACAGGAGGACUACAUCAAGGACGAACAGCGUCAUUUAAAAAGAGAGCUUGUACGUGCCCAAGAAGAGGUUAAGCGUAUCAGAUCCGUUCCUUUGGUGAUUGGCCAGUUCUUGGAGCCCAUUGAUGAAAAUACAGGUAUCGUCUCCAGUACGACGGGAUCCAACUACGUGGUCAGGAUCCUCUCGACUUUGGACAGGGAAUUGUUGAAGCCUUCUUCUUCGGUGGCAUUGCACCGCCACUCCAACGCUCUUGUGGACAUUUUGCCCCCUGAGGCCGAUUCUUCCAUUGCCAUUGUUGGCGACAACCAGAAACCCGACGUUACAUACGCCGACGUCGGUGGUUUGGACAUGCAAAAACAAGAAAUCAGAGAGGCCGUGGAAUUGCCAUUGACGCAAGGUGAUUUGUACUCUCAGAUUGGUAUUGACCCUCCCAGAGGUGUCUUGCUAUAUGGUCCCCCAGGUACGGGUAAGACCAUGUUGGUCAAGGCAGUGGCUAACUCCACAACUGCAUCUUUUAUCAGAAUCAAUGGUUCGGAGUUUGUACAGAAGUAUCUCGGUGAAGGUCCCAGAAUGGUCAGAGACGUUUUCCGUCUCGCCAGAGAGAACUCCCCCGCUAUCAUCUUCAUUGAUGAAAUUGACGCCAUCGCUACGAAAAGAUUCGACGCACAAACCGGUGCCGAUCGUGAAGUCCAGAGAAUCUUGUUGGAAUUGUUGAACCAAAUGGACGGUUUUGACCAGACGUCGAACGUUAAGGUCAUCAUGGCCACUAAUAGAGCCGACACCUUGGACCCUGCAUUGUUGAGACCAGGUAGAUUGGACAGAAAGAUCGAGUUCCCCUCUUUGAAGGACAGAAGAGAGAGACGUUUGAUCUUCUCCACCGUUGCAUCCAAGAUGGCCUUGGCUCCUGAAGUCGACUUGGACUCGUUGAUCGUGCGUAACGACCCAUUGUCUGGUGCUGUCAUCGCCGCCAUCAUGCAAGAGGCAGGUUUGAGAGCUGUCAGAAAGAACAGAUACAUGAUUCUACAAAGCGAUUUGGAGGAGGCAUACACCGCACAGGUGAAGAGCGGCACGGAGCACGACAAGUUCGACUUCUACAAGUAA